AUGGCUCUCCAGGUGUUGAUAGCCCAUACGGGCCUGCGGCUGGAAGUCGAUACCGCACAGUUCUCCAUCCUCGAUGAUCUCAAAACUUGGGUUUCUAAGAAAACCUCCAUCCCACCACAACAUAUUGUCGCCUUGACCCCUCAUGGUCGAACCGUAAAGUUGACGAACUUACAUACAGAGAAAGAGAUCUUUGUCUACGAUAUACGAAUAAGCUCUCCAGGCAAUGCAAACCUCAUCAGUCCAGUGCCGUUGCCGAAGCGAUACACCAUUCCAAAUGCGCCGAAUACGAUCGACGAUGUGCAGUCAAUAGUGUCAUGGCAAGAACUAUACAAGGAGCGCCGAAACUGGGCAAUGCAUCUUGUGGAAGACUGUGGGCAGAUGAGCUCGACCACGUUGGCACGAUACAGCGAAAUAGAUGUUAUUAUCAAGUGUCUUGACGCUGCUGUUGCGAACCUCGAAAUCAGCAUCAAACAAAUCGAGCCAAAGUACAACGACCUCAAGAAAUGGGUAACGCCCGCACUGGAAGAGCAUGGGAACCUCGUCGAAAAAUGGGAACAGUAUCUAGAUCUCGCCAAGAACACACCAGUAUCGCCCUCCAUGGUCAAAUUCAUGACUAGACGGGACAUCAAGAAACCAAAGCCGACUCUAGAGGAUCUCAUCGAACUUGAUACAGCAAAGAAGGCGGGCAAACUAGCGCCAACUGCCCAUCGAAGAUUCAGUGACAAGGCGAAUCAGCUUAGCAACACGGCGGCCCAGAUGUAUCAGAGUUUGGAGUCGCUAAUCGCUGAUUUCGAGAAACUAAUGAGCCGUUCUGCCCUCAGCCAUAGCACAGACUCGGCGCAGCUCCUAGAUGACAUCGAAGCAGUAGUGAAGCAAAUAGAUUCCGACUAUCGAGCAGCACUAGCAUACGGCAACACGCAACGAGAUGUGGCGCAAGCGUCUAAGACGGCUUCAGUGCAUACUGAGCAUCUGGUACCGACAUUAAAGAAGCGAGUGAAAGAGAUGGAAGAGUUGCUACAUUAUGGAACGGAUGCGCGCAACUCCAUUGCCUCCGAGUCAGCCAAGUUCAUGCGCUACGUUACAGAUAUAACGUCCCUACACAGCAACGUCAAAGGCCAGAUCAACGUACUGAACCAAUCCGAGGACGACAUGACGACAUUCGAUUACCUCCGUCUCAUUCACCAACUGCCCUAUAUGUAUGCAGCUUUUGUUGCAGAAGCAGUCCGACGCCGUCAAUGGGUUGAUAAAGUCAAGACGGACUCUUCUACUCUUGCAAACGAAAUGGCUUUGUUCCAGGACGAGGAAUCCAAGAGACGGCGCAAGUGGCAGAAAAUGAUUGGCAGCAUGUACGGCCCAGAUUUAGACACGAACGUUAUAGGCUUAGAAGUCAACCUGCUCGGAGAAGACACACCUUGGCCAGCCCUUGCCAAAGAAGACUUGACGGAUUUCAUGCAAAUACUGCAAGAGCAGCCCGUUGACCAGAGUAUCUUGGACGAUAUAGUAAAGCUUGUACAGGAGCUUGAUAACCCAACAAAGCAGCAAUCCAAACGACUAAAGGCUUUCAAAAACGGGAGCAUACAUGAGGCUGCACUCGGUAGGAGUGGACUUUUGAUCCGAGGGGAUGACGAUCUGCUGCAAUCUCUACAAGAUGAUAAGGGCAAAUUGGAGAAUAAACUCAAGACAGCCGAAAGCCGAGUUCGUCGUUUGGAGGACUUACUUCACCGACAGAGUCAGGCUAACCGCUCCGGAAAUCUCUUUCAACCCCAAGGCACCCAGCAACGCGAGAGGGGAAAUUCCGGGUCAUCUAUUAGGUCGAGUCGAUUUGACGAUCGCAGACGAUCUUCCGAGGGUAUCGACCCUUUGAUGCGACGUAUCACUCAACUUGAAAACGAGCUACGAGAGGAGAAACAGCGAUCUACCCAGCUACAGCAAGAACUCACGACACAGUCGAAUGAUCAUGAGAACGUCAAAGGUCAGCACGAAGACUUGAAGGCCCAGCAUGAAGAUUUGAAAGGUCAGAUGACGGAAAUUAACACUACCAAACAAGAUCUUCUCGAGAACAUGGAGGCCCUCGAGCGCGAGUUUGUCGAAGAGCGCAAAAAUCUAGAGAUUGAGAUCAAAACACUCAGAGCUCGUUUGGAAGAUACUGAAGACGAAAUCGAGCAGUUCGACGAAUCAAGACAGCACGAAAAAGCGGGAUUGGUCGUAAGGGUGGAAGAGUUGGAAACCGAGCUGGAACAAGUUAACAAGCAGCGGCAAGACGACGCACUUAAAGCACAGGGCCAGAUUGAUUUCCUACGCAAAGAAACCAGAAUUCAAAGGGAGCAACAAGAGGCCCUCGAGCAACAAGUGCAGUCUGCACAGGAAGAGGUUCAGAGUAUCUCGAAAAAGCUGGGUCAUGCCGAGGAGGCUCUUGACGACCAUUGGCAAGCUUUGACAAAGCUCUUCACAGAGCUUUCUCCGGACGCUUCAAUUCCAGACAGUUUUGUAGACAUGUCAGACUUACUGCUUACGCAAGCCGGGACUUUGAUUGAGAAAUCUCGAAGCUCAGAAGCAGAUAUUGAUUUGCUAAAAACCCAGGUCGAGCACUUUACCUCAACCAUUUCAGAGCUUCGAGAACAGCUUUCCGGCAAGGAUGCUAAGAUCUCCGAAGAUGAAAUGGCCACCGUUCAUCUCCGCGAAAACUUGGCUGAGGAGAAAGCCAAGGUUUCCGCCCUCGAACAAGAGCUCGCCGAUGGUAGAGAGCAGCUCACAGAAUUGUGCGCUAAGCUCAGCGAUGGCGAAACUGGCCCCGAAGCUUUGCAGACAAGAUUAGAGGACGAGGAGAAGAAGGUCAUGACUUUGACCGAAGAGGUGGCAUCCAAGCAAUCUCAAGUCGGCAGUCUGGAGGAAGAGCUCCGGAUGUUCCAGGAGAAGGUCGAAUCACUCCAAGGCAAGAUAACACACAUGACCAGCCACUAUGAGCAUCGAGACGAGAAAACGAAGGAUCUCACACAGCGUCUUUACUCUCAGAACGAUCGCAUGUGUCGAUUACUAGAGCGUGUGGGAUUUGCUGUCACCAGAAAGGACGGAGAGAUGACUGUUACCAAGAUCCCACGCUCGGAGAGAACCGCUCAAAACCCCAACGACUCUUCCGACCCCAACUCGUCUGUCCGAAAGUCCGGAACCCUUAGCCGUGUCUUGGGUGAUAGUGCUGAUCUAGAGCUGCUCUACUGGCUUAACAACUCGGAUGCACAGGCCGAGGAUGAGAAAUACGAAGCAUUCAUGAACAACCUCGGCAAAUUCGACAUUGAACUAUUCUCAGAAACUGUUUACCGCCGAAUCAAGGAAGUGGAACAUAUGGCUCGCAAAUGGCAAAAGGAAGCCCGGUCUUACAGGGAGAAGGCACAUAUCUUGCAGAAAGACUCGCAUGAGAAGAUUGCUUUCAAGCAUUUUAAGGAAGGAGAUCUGGCCUUGUUCCUCCCGACUCGCAACCAGCAAGCCGGCGCGUGGGCUGCCUUCAACGUCGGUUUCCCGCAUUAUUUCCUUCGCGAACAGGAUGCCCACCGUUUACGCCAUCGAGAAUGGCUUGUUGCGCGUAUUUCACGAAUUCAAGAACGAGUCGUCGACCUUUCCAAGAGCCUCCAACAGAGCAGCGAGACGGAAUCGAUCAACGAAGAGGAAAAUGACAAUCCAUUCCAGCUUUCAGAUGGUUUACGUUGGUAUCUAAUCGAUGCUCUGGAGGACAAACCUGGCGCGCCCUCAACCCCUGGAAUGGGCAAGUCAACUGUCGCGGCUAAUACCGUGGAGGCAACAGCCAACAUUCACACUCAUACUCCGGGUGGAAAGGGUAAGAGCCGGGAAAGCGUUACUAGCAUUGAAGGUAUUAACAAGACUUUGUCCAAGAGUCUUGAGAGUAGGCGCAGCAGUACCAACUCCAAAAAAGCCCUGCCGUUUCAGAUCGGAGGCACCGCUUUAUUGAAGAAUAGUGCUUUGGCCAGCGAAACCAAUUCACUCCGAGCUCAUCCCGCCGACACGCCCUCCGGCACAAGUCCAACGCAGGGAGGACUUCUUGCGGCAUCCAACGCCGGACUGGCACAGAAAGGGGUCCCCGAAGGACAGAAGAACGAGCCGGCAGAUGGCCCAGCCAGGCGACCUUCGGACGAGUCGUCGACUCAAAGUGCUGGUGCCAGAGCGGACGAGCAGCCCCGGAAUGUCGUGCAAAGAGAGGAUUCAGCCGGAAGUCCAACCAAGAGAUCGAUUGUAUGGGAUUCGCUGUGGAGUGUCGACUAUAACUACGAGAGUGGAGGCAGAAAGUAG